CGGUAUGCGAGCCAGCAAGUCGACGAAAACGGCACGAUAAUUAUUUUAAAUGUAAGUUACGUUAAUGAGAAUACAUUUGUGACGUCUGUUGGUCAGUAUUACUGUCAUGUGAAGUGAGAUCAUGGCUGGAAGUUGUGUUCGAGUUGACCCACGCUGUGUCGAGUUCAACGACGUGAAAGUCGGACAGAUUUACAAGACUACCGUCACGGCAACAAAUGUUGGAAAAGCUUCGACGAAAAUAAGGUUUGAAAAGCCUGGGUUAAAGUUGUUUAAGUUCACAGCAUCUACCUUGGCCAAGGUGGUGGCUCCAGGUCUGUCUGUGAGCGGCCUGCUGGAGUUUACUCCAGAGGAAGAGGAGGAGGUCAGAGACUGCCUUCUGAUUCAUAUAGAUGAUGUAGAAACAAUCACAAUUCCACUGAUGUGGUUUCCCAGGGUUUUUUCCUUCCAAAUGGACUCAGUGCUAGACUUUGGGUGUAUUGCUGCAAGCAGUCGGUUGAUCAGCAAACAGCACCAAAUAACCAAUCAGGGAUCAGCACCUGGUGUGUUCCAGGUUCAGUACAGUGGAGACGCCUCAGUCAAACUCUCACCCUGCAGUGGAGUCAUAGCAGCUGGUGCCACCCAGUGGCUUAAAGUGGAGCUGCGCACAGACAGACCAAGGCACAUUGAUGAAAAGGCUAUGGUGAAACUGGAGAAUUGCUCUGCUGUAGUUCUCAACAUAAAGGCUGAGGUGGUGGAACAGCAUCUUGAGGUUUUUGACCGAAAGGGCAAUCCACUCUCUUGUCUGUGGUUUGGACCUGUAUACUUUGGAACGUCCCAUGUGGAGAAUGUGGUUCUGAGAAAUAAUGCGCCCGAGGCAUGUGACUGGGUUUGCCUGCUGCAGGAUACGGCUGCUGGGAUUGAGGUGGGAACAGACCUCCAGAAGAGCACAGACGCCGCCCUGCUGGAGAGAAUGCAGAAGAGCAGUUCAGCCACCCGUGACGUCUCUCAGGUCUUGGUGUGUGUUCCCAAACAGGGCCGACUGGGACCGUAUGGAAAAACCACUGUGGCAGUGUGCUUCAGCCCUCAAUGCAAGAGACGGGAAGAGAAGAAGCUUGAUUACUCGGCCAGCAGACAAGACUACUGUCUCUUCCUGCUGUUUGAGUCAUUGGGAAGCAGAUAUGGCUUCGUUCACCAUGAUGGUAAAAGCAGUGUGGAGCUGGCAGUGACAGGCUCCGGACUGCCUGUGUGUCUGGUGCCCAGUCCCUCUCAUAGAUAUGAUUUCCUCACUUGUGUGCUGGGCCAACGUGUGGACCUGCUGUGUGUGCUUCAAAACCUCUGUCCUCAACUUCCUGUCAAUUUCCGCUUCCCAAAGUUAGCACAUUUCUCCACCAAGCCCUCCUCUGGGACUAUUGCUCCUGGACAAUGCCAGGAUGUGGUCUUAUCUUUCACUGCACGGCAGCAAGGGAGCUUUCAGCUGUGUCAGAAGCUAGAUGUCUUGGGUCCUGCUGUUCAGAGAGAAGGCAUCACUGCUGAUUCUGUUCAUGAACUUGAGCUUCACAGCUUCCACACAAUUACUCUAAACCUGUCCGCUGUCUGCUGCAAUGAGACCACACAGCCUGUCCCUCAACUGAAUCCUGGCAUCACUCCAGCAGUGACUAAUCCAACUGGAUCACUCCCUCACGUUCGGUCAAGUGACCUGGCUCGCUGUCGUGAGAUGGUGCCUCAUGCUGUCCUCAGCGCCGGCAAAACACUACUCCAUGAACAUCGCAGGCAGAGGAAUCAAAAUACAGGGGCUGAGGAGUUCCUGGCCUUUCCUAAUGACCGAGCCAUGAGUAUCAGGCCUGCCUCUGCACACCAACAGUACAGGACCAUCUUCACUGGUGUACACCGCUAUAGCUAUGUGGACACCAACUACGCCUUUACUGAUGAAGAGGAGAAGCAGAGGCAGCGGCAGCGACAGAUUUACAGCGACUUCAUCGUACAGCUCAGACAUACACGCCUACAGAAACAAACAGAGAGACAGCUGGAAAAAGGGGUGGAAGAUGUGGACAUUUGCAUUGUUCCCUCUCAAGGGCUUGAUCCACCUUUAGUCCGCAUCAGCGACCUGGAGAGCAGUAAUAUCUCAGAGACCAAGCCAAACUAUCGCCAAGCUUCCUCAGCAGCUAAACACAGCUCCAACCAAGACAUGACAUCUAUCACGCGGCAGGUUGACAGUCAGGCAGUGAGUGCAGUUCCCUCUACCAGCCAGGAGGUGGCAGACUGCAACAGGACUCUGACAGCUCAGGAGCUUUUCCAAGUUUGCAUAGGCAAGGAUCAAUUCAAAAGUCCAUUGUUAGUGGACUUUGGAGAGGUGUGUGUGCAGUCAGUGUGUGUUCAGAAGCUGGAUCUGGUCAAUCAUCUGCCCGCGUUUGUCUGGGUGCAGCUGGAGGUGGACUGCCCUGAGCUGCAGGGCUCUUCCCCCCUCUCCUAUGUCCUGCCCCCCAACUCCCUCACCACCCUACCACUGACCUUCCAAAGCACCAAGCUCGGACACUUCUACAGACCUGUAUCCUACUCUGUGAACCAGCAACAACCGGGUCAGAUUCUGGUCCAGGCCCAGGUCGUCCCCUUGGCUCUGGAGCUGUCCACUACCCUGCUGGUGCUCCGCCCUUCCCACACUCUGCUUGCUGGAUCAGGAUACAGGAGCUCAGUUACCGUUAGAAACCAGCGUAACCAGGCCGCAGAAUUCACAUGGAGACCAGUAGUUACAGAAAGUGGCAUCCUGUUCUCCAUUCGACCAGCUACAGGUACAAUCGAGCCAUACAGGGAAUUGGACUGCGAAGUAGUGUGGUAUCCCUCCUUCUCCUCCCCAUCAAAAGGAGACUUUGACCUCUGCGUCCAUGAGGGCAACACACAACGCCUGCACUGUGUUGCUAAGGUUGGGUCCACAAGUGUCCAGCUGGCAGAGGAACAGGUCUUUUUUGCAAAUGUGCCUCUUAACAUGCCUUCUAUAAGAAGUGCAGUCUUACGCAACAGUGGAAAAAACCAUGCCUACUUCCAGGUGCUAGAUGUGUGCCCUCUGCCAGGCUUGGAGCUGAGUCCAUCUGAGGGUGUGGUCCCAUGUGGGGGGCAGGCUGCGCUCAAGAUCCAUCUCAACUCCGACUCUGUCAUCAGGUUUGACACCAGGGUGAAGAUAGCUCUGAGGAACAUGAAGUCCAUUGAGCUCAGAGUGGGUGGAUACGUAGAGACUCCAAUUGUAGACAUUAGUGUGUCGCAUUUCCACUUUUACGGGGUCUAUGCUGGUUCUCAGCGAUCAAUACCGUUCACUCUCACAAACCAAUCAUCAGCCUCAGCCCAGGUUACCUUUGACCUGGCGGACUACACUGACUUCUCUGUGAGGUUCCCCCAGCCCUCAGCCAGUGCAGAGAAAGAGCCAGGUGUGAGUGUUGUGGAGCUCCAUGGCAACCAGACAGUGGACUGUUCCCUUGUCUUCUCCCCAACCCAGGCAGCAGGCUAUGACUUUGACCUGCCGUUGAUGGUCAACGGGGUGAGAUGGCCCACUGCUUCGCUAUCUCCUCUCCCCACUCCAUCCUCCUCAUCCACCUCACUGUCAGAUGGCAGCAGGAAGCAUGUCGCCAAACCCCUUCCCCAGUCUGUCACCAUGGCGACACAACGGUCACUGCGCAUACAGGCCACAGUACUGUGCGCACCACUGGAAAUGUCACCCUCCAGCCUAGAGUUCCAAGUGGACCCCCUGGCUACACAGUUUGAUGCUAACACUAAGACUGUGGAGCUGAAAGCAGUGUGUGAAGAGAGUGUGUUUUGGCGCAGGUGUGUCGGGAAACAUGUGAAUUGGUGGUUUGACUGCGGAACAAAAGCAAUACCAACAGAGCAAAGAAGAGAUGGGGAGCUGUGUUCGGUGUGUCCAUCAUCGGGCAGUCUGGGGCCCGGUCAGUCCAUCUGCUUGACGGUCAGCAUCCACCCUGAGGCCAUCACAACAGGGUCUGGCAGAGUGACCAAACUGUCCCUCCCUCUUUACCUGGAAGAGGAGGGAGGGGAGGGGAUGAGAGGAGAGAUGAGACAUCAAUCGCACAGAGAGCUGUCCAUCACUAUUACCCUCCAGCUUCCUUGUAUAAAAAUCCAGCCCCCUCAAAUCCUCCUCACACCAGUACCCCUGGAAAGCAAUGCAACUGCCACACUCACCCUGCUGGCCUCAGGAUAUCCUAGUGGAACCAUGGUAUCAGCUGAAGUCGAUGAGGUUGUACUGGAGGAUGGGACAAAGAUAAAGCCUGUUUCGGUCAUCUUUCCAGAGGGUAGCAACAUCCCUGCACAAAAACAUGAUCAGAGACAGCUUGUAGGCAUUCAGAACCAGGAGGCCAACGUGACCCCUCUGACCUGCACUGUGUCCUUCUGCUCCUCGACCCCUCUGUCCGUCUGCACAACCAUCACCUUCACUGACCACCUCCACAACAGGUUCAAGGUUAAGCUGUUUGCUAUCGCUGACAACUGUGUGUUGACAGUCUGGCCCUACAUGGCUCUGCACCGCUCUGAGCAACAGAUAGUUCUCAAGACUGGUACCAAGCAUGGGACCACAGCUGUUGAGGUGAUCCUUCGGUGCUAUCACACACCAAGUCCUGCCUCUGGUCCGUCUUCAUCAUCCUCCUCCUCCUCAUCCUUUGAUCACAACAGCUCAACAAACAAGAAAACAACCUCAGAUUCCUUUCCCAACAGUGACAGUGUGAGCGGCCAGACCAGCAGGAAUACAGACGUUUCUCCUAACACCCCAAUCAAUCUCGGCACCCCAGAAUUCCCUGCUGCCGACUCUGAGGAAGGACUAUAUUACCAGAAUGUAUUAUUGGCUGUGGAGAGGUGGUUUAGCCUGUUUGGAUGGCCGAGUGGACCAAACCCUAUCUCUGUGCCACACACGCUCAGAAGAGUUGUGUCAAAAAUCCAAAUGAAUCCUUCCACUGGACGGACUUAUCGAGUCAGUCAAAAUAAAGACUCCAGGUCUGUAGUGGGCAUGCUUCAUCACCUGACUGGCAAACAGAUCCCUGGUAUUCCUCGGUGUCAGAUGUUUUCCAGUGAUAUAGACCAGUGCACCCAUCAGCUGCUGCAACAGCAUGAAGCUAUGCUCACUUUUCUCAGGGUGCAGGGAGCCAGCCUUUCUCACAUCAGACCAGAGUACCUGCUAGACGUGCAGGAGUUCAAACACUGGUGCUCCCUGCAGUCAAAUGAGGAAGAUCAUGGUUUGGACUACAGCAGUGUGGACUACGAGUCUCUGAGCAAACGAUCAUGGACUGACGUGUUGCUGCAAAUAUACAAGGUUCUUGUGUUGUGUCGUGUGUCAGAGAGGGGUUCAACCUCAUAUCUGAACCCUGAGGACAUAGAUGGAAUCCUCCCUGUGAGCUCACCGCCUCUGGCCAGUAACAUCUAUUCACCCUACGAGCUCCAGCUGCUCUAUUGGCUCAACAUGCAUUACAAGAGCAUGAGGAAGACCGUGUGGAGAACAGGUGGUGUCCCAUCAGCACGCUGGAUAGUGAAUUUUGACCUGGACUUGACAGAUGGACUGGUGCUAGCCGCUCUGCUUGCGGCCUACUGCCCGUUUCUGAUCUCCAGCCUUCGGAGGAUGUACACCACAACCAACAGCCUGGAACAGAUCCUUCACAACAACAUCAUAGUAGCCCAGGCUUUAACAGCACUCUCUCUCAACCUAGAUGUUCAGCCCACAGAUUUGUCAGACCCUAAUCCAGUGCAGAUGUUAAUCCUGUGUGUUCACCUGUAUGAGAGGCUGCCUCAGUACCUGCCACUGCAGACCAUCACUCUUUCAGGAGGCCUGCACAGCACUUUCAGCAAACAGGUGCGUCUCAAAAGCCCAUCAUCUGAGCCAAUCAAAUACCAGGUCUACAUUUUAGGAGAGGAUGCCCAUCUCUUCUCCCUCCCUAAUGGAUCUUCUGUCACCAUUCCUCCAAAGGCUAGCACUGAACUGGCCGUGCAGUUCAGCUGCUCCGUCUUUCAGCCGAUGGAGGCCGUCAUCCUGCUCAUCUCUAGCUCUCCUUCUGGCCUGAGCAGCACCACCCUCGCCUUCAAUCUGAAGACCCACGUCAGCCAUAUCACACCCACAAACACUGUGAAGUGCAAGUCUCCAUGCUACCAGCAGAAAGUGAUCCAAGUGCCAAUAAAUAACCCUUUCAAAAAAGAAGCUACGUUCAGGGUGGGGCUGGUGGAGUCUCUAUUCAACCCUGUGGAGCCUGAAAAGAAAAAAAACAGCCCUGUUCAAAAAGCAUCCUCUAAUACCAAUAUAAAGAAGAUGACUUCAGACAAGAGCUGCGGGGAUGAGAUGGAAGGGAAGGGUUCAGACUUCAAUGGUGAAUGCAGUGAGUUCCUGAGUGCAGUGAGGAGUGUUUGUCUGAAGCCAGGCCAAGCAGACACUCUGAGCAUCCACUACCUGCCCUUCUUCCCGGGCACCAAGUACUGCUCCGUGCUGCUGGGUUGCCCACAGGUGGGAGAUAUGGUGUACAUGGUGAAGGCCACAGCAGAGUUGCCUCUUCCCUCCCCUCUUACCGCUAGGCCCAGUGCUAACAUAGUCUCCAUCCCCAGCAACUCCGACCCAGCUGUGUUAGUAUCAGUACUCAGCCUACACUGCAAAGUGGGCCAGGUGUGUGAGGAGUUGCUGCGUGUGCCUCUGAUCAAUAUGGCCCGGGAGCAAGCUCUGGCUCUCUGGGGUCAGCGCAGCAUGAGCGCUGAUGAAUACAGGAGACGCAUGAUUACACACACUCUGCAUAGCAGCACCGUGAAGGCGACCACUGCUGCCCAACUCUUCAGAGGUGUUUACCAAGGUGAAGAAGUGGAAUACAGCGUGGAGGUUUCUUUGCCACAGAAAUUUGCUUUACCCAGUACCGUUACAGUACCUAUAAGAGAAGAAACCAGAACCCCAUGGGAGAAUCCUGCAGAUUGUGGCUGUGUGGACAUCCCAGUACGUUUCCAGGCGGACUGCGUGGGCCAGUUUACCUGUCAGGUGAUCCUGAGGUCCUGGUGUGAUACCAGGGUCUAUGUGCUUGAGGCACAGGUUACUUCACAGGGAGGAUCCGUCCACUUGGACUUCAGUUCACCUGCUCACCGUUCAGUCACACAAGACAUACCACUGCACAAUGAGACCCACCAAGACUGGAGAAUGCAGGCAGAGAUGUAUGGAGGAGGAUUUUUUGGCCCAAAGGUUUUGAAUGUGCCAGCAGGGACCAGAGCCUGCUACCCCCUCACCUUUCACCCUUCUGCACGAUGCACUGUCACGGGCAAGCUGUCCUUACAUAAUGACCAUGACGGUACUGAGCACGUGUUCACCCUGGGAGGAGUGGGAGAACACCCCCUGCCUGUGGACCAUGUGCUACUACAGUGCUCAGCAGGUCAAACUACACACACAGUGAUGAAUGUCCCCAACUACAGCCAGAACAAACUCACUCUCAAGGUGGAGACAGACCUGUCUGCUGUAAGUGGCCCCCCCUCCCUGGAGAUUGAACCUGGUCAAAGCGCUCCAUACACCCUGGCUGUGUCAUCAUUGAAACGAGGAAAACAAACAGGCAAUGUGUCAUUUACAGAAAUGUAUAACAUACAGGAGGCAGACAAGCAUAAAGCCUGUCAUUCAGGAAAUGUUCCCGGGUGCUACGAGGUUCAUUUCUCUCUGGAGAUCAUUUGUAAGCCAGCAGCGCCUAUCAAGCUCAUAGUUGUACAGUGUGUGGCUCAGAGCUCAGUUGCCAUAGAGAUCCCUGUCAAAAACCCACGAGGGAAGCCGCUGAGGCUGGAUGUGUACCUGGAAGGAGACGACCUGAGUGGAGCCAACCGGGUAUCAAUUCCUCCAGGGGAGACUCUCACCUACAAAGCCACCUUCUCCCCUGGCGCAGUGGGGAAGAGCACCGGCAGUGUGGUGUUCCAGUCAGAGAAGACGGGGGAGUUUUGGUAUCAGCUGGAGCUUUAUGCACUCCCUCCACCGGUCUUCAGGCUACCAGAGGACUGCUGUCAGCUGGGCAAAUGGACCAGGCUGAGCAUCCCCCAGGUUAACCCAACAGCUGAGACUCUGGAGUUGACUGUAACGAACAGUAACCCCAGAAACUACACACUGGAAAUGGAUUCAGGAAAUACACUUAUUGUGGAGCCCCACUCCUUCACCCAGCUUGGUGUCCGGUUCAGUCCUUCAUCCAUCGGAAAGGGGAACCACGCAGCAAAGAUCACUUUCACAUGCCCUCAGUUGCAGGAUUGGUGUGUGUUGUUUAGUGGGCGUGGCCUUAUACCAGACAGCGAGGAGCCUCUGAGCAUCUCAUCCCUGAUUGGCUCCAACGCCUCCAUCACCAUUCCCUUUAAAAACCCCACUGAGCUCCAAGUCGUGGUCGACAUCUCACUCACAGAUAAGGACCCAAAUGGGGCCUCCAACUACCAUCAAAUAACUACUGACAAGCAGGUCUUCUCUAUCCCUCUGAGACACACUGAAGGCAUUCAGAUCGGUGAAGGUGUCAGUUUGGAUGUUCCUGUAGUGUUUUUGCCUUACACCAUGGAGCUACAGCAUGCCUGGCUCUGCAUCACUAUGAAGCCCUGCAGCACCCCGGGGAGCAGUACCUGUAACGUGAGGUCAGAGCAGGAGUCGUCCACCAUCUGCUGGAUUUACCCUCUCCGUGGGAUUCCCAUGGAUCUGCCUGUGGAGAACUCUCCACUUGGCGUGCUCCGUUGUGAAGCGGGCUGCCAGCUGGAAAGGAAGUUGGAUGUUCUGCUGACUGGAUAUGUGCCGGGGAAUCAAGUCCGGAAAAGCCAGGAAGUUUCCCAGGUGAUGGUAGAAGACUUCCUGUGCACGGUUCGUUCAGACAGUGAGACAGAGCGCUCAGAUGUGGAAGACUGCCUCUCUGUCUCCGCUGAAUCAGCCAGGAGGGACCCUGAGACUGGAAUCGUAACACUCUCACUUAAUGUAGUCUACAGUCCCCUCAGGCCAUGCAGGUGUUCAGCCGUCCUAGCUGUGCAGUGUGUGUCCGGCAGGAUCUGGGAGUUUUCCAUCUCUCUCAUCAGCACAGAGCCUCAAGUGGAUGAUGUCAUCAUCACUGAGGCCACUGAGUUAGGCAAGACAUCAGCUGUGGGCUUCCAUCUGACCAGCACCACCAGGAGGCCAGAGCGGUUCACCGCAGCGUUCCUGCCCGGCAGCAGCAGUGAGUUCUCAGUGACUCCAGCCUCAGGGGUGUUACCUCCUGUUGGUUCUCCUGGAGCCCCCUUCAGCCUGUGCUUCACACCCAGCACACACAGCAACCACAGAGCAAGGCUAACCAUCCAGACAGAAGAUGUGCAGUGGACCUACGAGGUGAGAGGGGAAACCCCUCCUGACCCCCCCACCCAUCUGUAGCACACCCACCAGAGGCAGCUUUCCUGUGCCAAUCAAUCCGACCAAUCAACAGCUGAGGAGCUUUGUGGCUCAGAACCUCCGUCUCCCUGCCCUGGCUAACUCGUCCCCUCUCAAAGUCCGCAGAUAAAGGCAACGCCACUCUCAAACAGCUAA